AUGAGGCAUGGAACCUGGUAUAUCGAAGAACGUGAAUACGCAGAGUCAUUUCGUCGGCCUAGGUCAGAUUCCACGGAUUCAGGACAUAGCCGUAAUUGGAAAGCAGACCUUAUUCCUCUUGGUGAUCUCGGAUAUAGUGGCUCUACGUUUCUCAUCACCAGCAACGAGAAGUAUCUUGUCAAAUCACUAGACCGCCGUUUUGAAUAUCGCUUCUUCAUGUACGAGAUACUCCAGUCUUACAUCGAUCAUAUGACGACAUAUCCGGGGAGUCUACUGGCCCGGGUCACGGAUCUGCUCUGUGUUACGACCACAACGUUGGGAGGUUUGCUAGGACUCGCACCAACGCAUCUCAUUGUUAUGGAAAAUCUUACGCAUGGAAAGGGACUUGAGAACGACGACACUCUGACAGCUCAAUGGAGUACCUAUGAUUUAAAACCGGACAGCUAUUUCUUCCCGGAGCGCGAUAUCGCAGACGGAAACCUUGCACCAGAGAGCGUGAAAAACAAGUUGGUGGAUGAAAUGCCCGAUCCAUUACGUGUCUCAGUGGAAAUGGAGCACCAACUCUUCGAUUUUUUAAAUUCGGAUACAGCAUUUCUUGCUAGCUACAAUGUGGUUGACUACUCGCUGUUUCUGGUCAGGAUUCCCGGGCCCGCGCAACGAUUGGGUUCUCAACAUUCUGAAAACACGGCUAGGAGUGAUGAUGCUCUACCAGCAGCUUGGGGGAAGGUGGACGAAUCCUGGCGAAGAGGUGUAACAUCAGUUGACGGCGAGUGGAUAUACCGUAUUCUCAUAAUAGAUUUCUUCUGGGCUAGACACAAGCUGCAGCCGAAGACGAUGUCCGGCCUCGUUCAGGCAUUCAAUUUCUUUGCGAAGAAAGGCCCAAUGAGUAUCACCACAGACCCGUUUGAGUACAGGAGGCGCUUUUUGGAUAUGGCUCAAAAAUUGGUCCAGGGAGCUGACAGCUAG